AGCAAACUGUAUGGGUAAUGAUGAAUGUCCAUUGACAUUAGAUGAUGCUGGCGGCGUUUUAGGACAUGCAUACUUUCCUGACUCUAGCGGCACCUGUAGAGAAAUCCAUUUAGAUAUAAAUGAACGCUGGUAUUUUGGAAAUAAUCCUAAUAUACCCAAAAAUCAAACUAGUUUUCUUAUGGUGUUGGUUCAUGAAAUUGGACAUGCUCUCGGCAUAGCACAUAGUGCUUCUCCGAAUGCUAUUAUGUUUGCCUUCUAUCAGCAUGAGAUUCGUGGUCUAGAUGUUGAUGAUAUAAAUGCAGUACAAUAUCUAUAUGGGAGAAAACACAAAUAUGAUUCAAUCCCAAAGUCUACCACCGCAUCAGCAAUACCAAAAACAACAACAACUAUAAGAUCUACAACUCGUCGCAUUCUUAACUCAAAUUUGGUUGUUUUGAGAGGAGUUUUGGAGCAGCUUCGAUAG